UUUUGUUUUGUCACAUUUUUGAAUAAGUUAUUAAUGCAUUUAAUUUAAAUACAUUUUAUUUCUGAAGAAAUCAUUGGCUAUUGGAAACUAUAGAAGUUAUAUUAUUUUAGAUGAAUCGUCAUAAGCUACGCGUGGGGUUGUUAAUUUUAGAAAUCGAACGAGAAACAUAACAGGAAAGAGUUUAGUGUAAAUGUGCUUAUAUUAACAAUUUGUGGUUUACUUUUCAUUAGAAAUGUCUACUAGAAGUGGUAGAGUCAGACAGAGUUUGAUAGAGCCUUCACCUCGGUCUCGUAAAGGUGUUUCACCGUCACGAUCUCCCGCUAGGUCUAGAAAAAGUUCGCCCGCUACGCGCUCAUCGACCCGUAAGUCUCCAUCUCGCAAAUCCCCUAUAAGUAAAUCGCCUAGUCGUAAAACUAAAACCCCGGCUACAAAGUCCCCUUCGAGACCAGUGAAAGAAACUGAGACUGUUAAAGUAAGUACACCAAGUAAGCGGCAAGCCCUGAGGUCAAAUGUAGAGGUUAAAUUGUCCGAUUUAGCAGAUAAGGUGGAUUUCUACCGGACUACUCGCUCACGUCUUAUCGAAUAUUCAAUAGGAGAUCUGCAGUCUAAUGUAACAGAGACCGAGUUGACAGUAGAUGAUCAAAAAAAUGGAUUAGAAUCUCGCUUUACUACUCUCGGUGACUACAAUUUUCGAAUUCGUAAGCCUCUUGAAGUGGUACCACCACGGGUGUCCAGAAGAUUACAGGAGAUGACAGAUAAUACCGACAGACGAAGUAUCAGUAAGUCAAUCAGUGAGAGAAGUAAAUCAAUUAGCAAGUCCAUAAGCAAGUCUAUUGACACUGUAUCAGAUGAAGAGAAUUCAGAUGAUGAUCUCCCAAGAAGGAAAUCGACAUCUGUCACAAGACGAUUAGCAACACCACUAAGGGCAAGUGUUGCAAAAUUGUUGCCAGUUAAUAAAAAAUUUGAAUUUGGAGGAAAAUUGGGCCCAAUUUUAUUGAUAAUAUUAAUACCCAUGAUUGUACUUUUUAUAUUAAUGUCCUGCUCUAAACUCUGUUCUUACAGUCACCUUCGUGAUUUGUCUGAAUUUAAGUCUAUAAAUAUUUGGUUCAAUUAUGAGUCAAUUGUACUUCUUGGUGCUCAAUACUUAAUUCAGGCUUUGCUUAUUGUUUUGCCUGGUUUUGGUCAAAAAGACAAUGAAAAAGGGCAGAAACAAAGUUUUAAUGCAUUUUUCUCUUGUAUACUUACUACAACUAUCUUGUUUUUAUUGGAUUAUGUUAAGAAAGUACAUGUUGAUGCAAUAAUGAAGUUAUAUCUGAGUUUAGCAGCCACAUCUUAUAUUGCUAGUGUAUUAUUAGCUAUAUUUUUGUAUAUCAAGAGCAGAAAAGUAGAUACUGCAUCAUUAAACCCAUAUGGCAACACGGGGUAUUUUAUAAAUGACUUCUUUGUUGGAAGAGAAAUUCAUUCAUUUAUAAACAAAUUGAACAUUAAACUAUGGAUUUCUCGAGUAUGCAACAUAAACACUCUUAUUCUAUCAAUACUUAUUUUCAAAUGCGGCUUCCAACUACCAACAAAAGAUAUUCAAAUGCUUUCAUUGGAUAACUACAAGGAGUUUAUUAGUAAAGUGCACAUCAAACCCACUAUUGUGCUGUACUCAAUGAUGCAAAUUAUAUACAUACUAAACUAUGUGUUGAAAGAGCACAAAAUAACUUCAACUUUCUACUGGCAAUCUGAAGGGUUAGGGUAUCUUCAGACAGUUUGUAGCGCCCUCUAUCCUUUCUAUUUCACAAGUAUAUCUAAAUAUGUAGUUGAUGUUGAACUAGAGAUGUCUACUAAUGCAUUAGUUGCCGCAUUAACAUUGUUCCUGUUGGGAUUUCUAAUAAUGCUUAUAAGUAACAAUAUUAAACAUGAAUUCCGGAAAAAUCCAUUUCAUCCCAGUGUCACACGUUUAGAUUCAAUGCCUACGUUGCACGGUAACAAGCUGCUAGUCUCCAACCUUUGGGGAAGUCUGCGUCAUCCAAAUUACACCGGUGAUAUAUUAAUACAUAUUACAUUUGCAUUACCAGGUAUUAUUAGUAAGAAACCUAUAGCUUCUUUACCUGCGGUGCUAACUAUAUUUGUUUUAUUACAUCGUGCAUGGCGUGAUCAUAACAGAUGUUUGCAACGUUAUGGAUCUGCUUGGCAAAGAUACUGCAAGCGAGUGCCUUCGGUAUUUAUACCUAAAAUAUUGUAAUUUGAUCAACUUAUUAGAAAUGGAAUGACAUUUAUUUAUGUACUUUGCUAUUUGAUAUAGCUACAUUUUUUAUGUAUUUUUGUGGAAUAUUUUUUUAUUUAGUACCAAAUAUCAUGAGAGAUUAUAUUUAGUUAACUUUAUAUUGAUGUAGAGUAGUACCUACUUUCGGUACGAGAAUGGACAGGCUGAUGUUGUACUUUAAUUCAAUGGCACAAUUUAUUUUUAAAGCAGUUGUUAAAGAGCCGUACUUAGCCUUAUGCUAGGUUUUUUUACUAGGAUAUAAAUUUAAGUAAGAAGGUUUUAUAUUACAUUGACAUGAUGAGGAAAUAUAGUGAAUUUAUGCUUAUCAUUUCGUGUAAUGUCUGAU